AGGCGAGGAGGGAGGGCCGUGACAGUAACCGGACACCGAGCUCGGCCGCGGCUGCUGUCCGCUCACAAGACGCCAGCGGCCGGCGGUGGCUCGGCGGAGGCUCCGUCCGCUCCAAAUGGAGGAGGCGUUCUAAAAGGCGACCCCGGACGGACGGAACGACACGACCAAACUCCAAAUCUACAAUGAAGAAGAACAGAACAUGCGACGCGCGCACGGAGCCGGAGUGGGCCGACAAAGGCGACAAGGCGGGCUGGCUGCGAAGGUUCUGCGGCAAAGGGUUGUUCCGGGAGAUCUGGAGAAACCGCUUCGUCGUCCUCAAAGAACAACAGCUGAUGCUGUGCGAGAAGGAGGGUCACGGAGCUCGCGAGGUUUUGGACCUCAGCCACUUCCACAGCUGCGACGAUGUCAAGAACCCGAAAAAGAAAAGUCGCAGCAAAAAGGAUCACAGCAAGUUUACGCUUCAAAAAUGCCGAUCCGCGCACGACAAGGUGGUCAACAUCAUGUUCCUGGCAGUGAGUCCCGAGGACAAAGAGUCGUGGAUCAACGUACUCAACGGCGCCAUCACCAAAGCCAAGAACAAAAUCCUCGAUCAGGUGACGACGGACGAGGCUCAGUUGCAUCACCCGACGCGAGGACGAGCCCGGAUCCGUCACGGCCGCCGCCCGCCCAGUCGAGGUCACCUUCUGGCCGUGGCUUCCUCGCCGGACGGGACCGUGACUUUGGAUCUGAUUCAGGAGGAAUACCCGGCGCUCGAAGAAACCCUCCCGGCCUCGGAGCGUCCUCCUUCCGCCUCUGACGGCACGCUCUUCGGCGGGAGCGCCCGAGCUUCCGGGAAGUCGCGGAGUCUCCCGCGCGACGGGGCGGCCGCGGCUUCCGACCUGGGAAAAGAAGAGGGGAAAUCCCAGAAGAAUCGCUGCGCCUCCAUGGACGAGAUUUGCGGCCGCUCCGACGAAGCCUCCUCGCCCGCCGGCCGCCUCCGACGCCUCGUCGGCGUCGAGACGGCGCGAACGGAGCGACUGCUGGCGGCCGCGCGGGAAUCGGGCGGCGGAACGCGGACAGCGGAGGAAAUGAGAGCGGAAGCCUCCGGCCUCCUGAAGGAGGCGCUGGAGGUCCUGGAGCAGGCUCGCCGAGUUCUGCGGGAGGUCCAGCAAUUCCGAGAACUCCACCGUCAAACGGAGCGAGAAGGAGAAAAUUCCCCGUCCUGACGAGGGCCGACCCGCUUUUUCGGCCACCGACGUGUUUGCGUCCGGCGCAAACUUUCAUGAAUGCAAUCAUGAGUUGAAAAAAGUGAGAUAAUCCAGCGACGCUUUGCUCUCCCGUGGCUCACCGACUCAUUGGCUGUUACCCACGGCGAUAGACAUCUGAUCCAUUUGGACUGGGAGAGGCUCACACAAUGAAAGUCUGUCCUCCCAGUUUAUCUUAUUGUUGUCAAAGAGUUCAUUUUAGCUCGCUUCCUUGUUGCAAUUUAGGGUACUUACAAGUCACUUCCUGUACAUUUUGGAUCAUUUCCGGUUGGCAAUUUGAUUCAAAAACAUUGUCACUUUCCUGGAGAUUUUUUGCUCAAUUCAUGUUAAUAUUAGGUCAUUUCUUUCCCCUCUGGAAGUAAAUGGGCAUGUUUUUUUUCAAUUUUGGUGUACGUUUUUGGCAACAUUUUCUGCACUGUAAGGCGCACUUAAAAGCCAACAGUGCGCUUUAUAAUACGAUGUGCCUUAUUGGUUAAUCAUGGCGUGGCAGUCCUUUUAGCACAGCUCUAGCUAGUGGAUGCAUAACUCACUACUACUACGCCUUAUAACGUGGUGCACCCUUGAAAAAAAGGUCAUUCAUUGAACGUGCCCCUUAUAGUGCGGAAAAUACGGUCAUAGACUUCAUAAUGAUUGACGGGUCAGAUUCGACCUUCACUGCGCUAUGCCUUUAAGGAUGCAGGAUUUUAACACGCCGUAUUGAAAAAGUACAAAAGCUGUACCAAAUACAAACAGGGAGGAUUGUCUUGUUCGAGGAUUCAAGGUCAUUAUUCUAUUUUUCGUACCAUGCGUGCAUUUUGAAACGUUGUGGGGAAAAAAAAAAAAUCAAUGGGAGAAAUGAACCGCGACAGCAUUAGCAUCAUUCUUCGACAUAUUUAAGUAAAAUAAAUGCAUAACGACCUGUUUUUUUGCACUUUUAACAAAGAAUCUGGACCGUUUUACGUUCAUAUCCUCAAAGAAUUUGGGGAUUUAAGCAUUUAUUCUCAAGAAUUUUCACCGGAAAAGCUCCGUUUACAAAUGGCAGCUGCCGCAUUGGCUAUCAGACUAGCAUCAUUCUUUGACAUAUUUACAUAAAAAAAAUGCUAACUGCCCCCCCCCUUUUUUUUCUCUUUUAACAAAGAAUCGAGACUUAUUUACAUCCAUAUCUAUAAAGAAUUCGGGGAUUUAAGCAUUUAUUCACAAGAAUUUUCAACAGAAAAAGCUCUUUCCUCUUGGUCAGCCUUGAUGGAGAUAGGCUCCGCGCCCUGUCAAUAUAUUAUGAAGUCUAUGACACGAUAUACAACUUUUGUGCGCAUUUUUUGUGUAACCAAUGAAUAAAUUUAGGAUCAGAUACACUUUGAAACAUUUUUGCCAUUGAAAAUAAAUGUUUUUGGUGAAUUUUUCGCAAAAACUAAACUUUUGUGAUUUCCUGAAUUUUUGGAUGUCUAAUCCAAUAGGACAAGGUACAUUUCGAAAUAUUUUUACCAUUGGAAAUAAAUGGGUUUUGCCGUAACGCGGCAAAUCUUCUGCUUCCCAAAAUAAGUCAGCAUUUAAAAAGGCGAUGGUCGUCGAUGGCCUCGUGUCAAAAGGAAAGAUUUCUUGGCGCUGGCACCGCAUUUUUUUUAUUGAAAAACGCGCAGGUCAUGUGAUCACAAAAAGACACCAGAAAAGAGCAAUUCAGAAAAAAACAAACGGAAGUUGUCUGAAAAUUAUUUACAUAGUAGAAUCGAGCGCACUCGCCAUCUACAAAGACGGCAGUUUCCGCUAUUGGUCGUCUUCAUCUUCGUCGUCUUCGUCGUCGUCGUCUCGCUUCCUCUUGUCGCCUCGGACCGCCUCCUCGUCUGAAAAGCAGUCACGUGAUUAGCCUUCGAUGUCUACCUUGUUUUGAUUUUAUUUUUUUCAAACUCACCUCCAUCUUCAUCAUCCUCCUCCUCUUCCUCUUCAUCGUCCUCCUCUACGUAAUCGCCGUCGUCGUCUUCGUCCUGAGGACACGCGUGCGCCAAAGUCGGUCAUUUUAGAUAGCCUAAUGUAGCUAAGCAGCGUCCGACCGUGCCGCGCGAUGACUUUACAUUCAAGUAGCGAUGUAUGACAUAUUUCGCCCCAAAAAAUUUAUCGUCACGAGUGAAUGAAGAACCUUACUGCACAUCAUUCAAUCAAAUGUCACUCAUUUUAAAAGGAAAUUAAAAUUCACAACAAACUAAAUACCAUAAACAACAUAUGGUGAAACAAUUAAGUGAAGAAAUCAUGGUCACAGAAUGUUACGUUUUACUACAUUAUUUUGCUUUUUUUUUUUUUACCGCCAAGAGACAUAUUUGCUUUUUGGCGCCAUCAAGUGGUCUUAAAACCAAAGUGUUGAGAAUUCCAUGGCAAUUUGUGUUCUGACUAUAUAGUGCUAGAAGGAUUCAUUUCCAUUUAGAAAUAGCUUUCCCCAAGUGUUUGGCUUUGAAAGACCUUUUACUCGCCAAGAUAAUAUUUGAAUAUUGUCUGUGAACAAACAUACACUUGUAUUAUCUAUGUG